UCAAGGGGAUGCCAAAUCAAGGGUAGUUCCAAUGACUUGUUAUGCACAUAUACUCUAGUGUAGUGUACUGCUAUUUCUUUCAAAGCUAAGGUCCUUACAACUGAAGCAGCCACUGUGUGUAAUUUCAUCUACCUGUACGUUUGAUAUACCCCCGUGUAGCUUCAGAUGGCAUUCUUGAUUUGGUAAUUUAUUUGACUUUCUGCAUGUGGAGUAAAUGAGGUAGGAACGGGAAAUUCUGAUCUUCUGUGUCCCUAGAUGCCGUUCCCCUGCUUUCAGCCACCUCUCUAGCAGUCUGGUUCUGUCCCAAGCACUUGCUGUUUUCCUAACAAACAACGGUGGCCCACUCCCAACUGUAAAGCACAAAUGCUUUUCUUAUUCACUGUUAAAGUUGCAUUCUUGCCGUCCUCUAACUGUCCUUUUUGUGGAUUUCAAGAAAGCCAUGUCAAAAGUGGCUGGUUUCACUCUGGUCUUGAUUUCAUCUUAGUACUGAAAUUUGCUGUUAAGGGUUUCUGUAGACAGUAUGGGAGGCUUAUGGAUCGAUGCAGCAACCCUUUUUCCAAUCACCUGCAGGCUGCAAUCAUUCAUGCUCCAAAUAUUUGCUGCUAGAUGAUCAACCUUUUUUGACUUCUUUUUGAUUGCGACGUAAUUCAUAGAUGACGAAGGCUGCAACUCUUUAUGGGGCCAAGACACAGACUGAGACCCUACGGCCAGGGCCAUUACGCCCAGCAAAUAUCAUCAGAAAUAAAUUUCCUACCUACAAGAAUGGUUCAAAUGGUAUAGUGAUCAAACUGGCUGAUGGUCCAGAAAUGCCACCUCUCAAGGAGAUUGUUGCAAAGGAGACUGCAGAUCUACUUGAUCGUCGUCAGCGCCUCUCUGUCCGUGAACUUGCGAUGAAGUUUGAGAAGGGUCUCAACACUGCCACACUGUUGUCCAAUGAGGUUAAAUGGAGACAAGUAGCUUUGCUGGAGAGGGAUAUCCUUUUGAAGAAUCUUAAGAGUGUAUUAGAGUCACUGAGAGGUCGGGUGACAGGCAAAACUAAGGAUGAAAUCGAGGAGUCUAUAUCUAUGGUGGAGAUCCUUGCAGUUCAGCUCUCCAAAAGAGAAGCCGAGUUGCUUCAGCAAAAAGAAGAGGUCACGAAAUUAGCAAAAUCAUUAAAGCAGGCUUCUGAAGAUGCAAAGAGAAUUGUUGAAGAAGAAAGAGCUAAUGCUCAUACAGAGAUAGAAAGUGCUAAGAAUGCUGUCCAAAGAGUUCAGCAAGCAGUUCAGGAGCACGAGAAGAUGUCCCAAAGUACCGGGAAGCAAGACAUGGAGGAACUAAGGAAAGAAGUUAGAGAAGCUCGGAGGAUCAAAAUGUUGCAUCAGCCCAGCAAGGCAAUGGAUCUGGAAAAUGAAAUACGAAUUUUACGUAAGACAUUUGCUGAGAAGUCCACAGAUUGUGUUAAUCUUUUGAAAGAGUUGGAACUGCAUAAAAGGUUAAAGGAAAGUGACACCCCAUCAUUUGAUUUGGAGGGUCUCCAAUGCUUAGGUUCAGUGCUACGUAUAGUUGCUCUAAGUGGUACUCACAUGGAUUUGUCAAAUAUUUCAAUCCAGUGGUUCCGCAUACACCCAAAAGAAAGCAACAAAGAGAUCAUUUCAGGUGCCACAAGACCAGUAUAUGCCCUAGAGCCACAUGACGUUGGACGCUAUUUGCAAGCUGAAAUCGAUGUUGGUGGUGAAAUUGCCGUAGCAAAGACAGCUGGGCCUGUAGACCCUGAUGCUGGAUUGGUGGAAUAUGUGGAGACACUCGUAAGGAAACCUGAAACUGAGUUCAAUGUUGUUGUGCUUCAAUUGAACGGCAUUGAGCAGCCAAAAGAGUCAGUUCAUGUUCUCAAUGUCGGAAGGCUGCGAAUGAGGCUUACUAAAGGGAAGUCAGUAGUUGCCAAGGAAUUCUAUUCCUCAUCAAUGCAGUUAUGUGGUGUUAGAGGUGGUGGCGAAGCAGCCUCGCAGGCAAUGUUUUGGCAACCCAGCAACGACCUCAGCUUGGUGCUGGCCUUCGAGACCGCUCGGGAACGCAACACAGCCAUAAUGCUUGCUCGGCGAUUCGCCAUAGAUUGCAAUAUCAUCCUUGCUGGGCCAGGCGACAAAACUCCCUGGUGAAAGGAACCUGUAGUGCUCCGCGGAUCCAACGGUUCCUGUCGGCCCGCGACCUGCGCAGUGAUGUACAUUUGCGUGCACAGCGUGUUUGCACCAGUUCCUCUAGUUUUCUCGUUCAGUCUGGGCUGUUCUGCUCUUCCUCGUGCUGUAGGUUUCAGAAAGAAGGCGCCGCGCGCACAGUUUUAACCGCCUUGGCGCCGUCUUUCUAUCUCACUGUGCUGUGUUUUUUCAGUUGCGAGCGUUGUGAUCUGUUGCUAGCAGCUGCAACAGUAAUCUGUGCUUGACGCGGUACACGUCUAAUUGUGUUCGACAUAGGGGACAUAUGUUAGUGCUGAUGUUGAAGCAAUGAUAGGUAAUGUGUAUGGGACCAAAGGUUCCCCACCCGCCUUGGUUGUGAGCCCAAAUACCGGCCUGCGGGUCUAUGUCUUCUCCAAUGAUACAAUCUGCACGAUCAGAUUUGAAAAUGCAAUUGUAGUCUAUGUGUAA